AUGACCGGCCAACAGCAGGAGAAGUGGCAGCAGGUUGCCGAGCUAAUCCAACGGCUGGGGCUGGUAUCCGGUGGCCAGGAUGAGCCGCGAACAGCCGCCCAGGUCGCGAGGAUGACUACCCGCCAACUCCUGCAGGACCCAGUGCGGGCGGCCAUCUACAACCGGGGCUGGGCGGACCGUACGACGGACAUUCAGCGGAGGUUGCGGCCACACCGACCACCAUCAACGUCAACACCCGGCAGCCGCACACCGUCCCUGACAAGGCCACCACCCCCAGCAACGACACCUGCCCCCGUAACACCUGCGGAGCCGGCACCGGUACCCAGGCCAACGGGGGUACUCCCCGGCCCAACGGGAAGGGUGAGGACGGAGGCGCAGCAGGCAAGGAACCGCCGGAAAUUCCAACAGCUGAAGGAGAAGAGGAAGGCCAGGGAAAGCGAGGCAAGCCAACAACGUCGGCUUGCCAAGCAACCCGCGCCAACCUCAGAACCGGAAGCAGCCGGCACGCCUCCGACCAACCCUACACCGAUGGAGGUUGACAAACCGGCCUCCAAGGACGGCAAGUCCGAGGAGCCGGGACAACCCACCAGCCAGGAGUCGCCAGACCAAUCGGAGUCCACGGUAGAAAUUACCGAGACAGAUUGGCUGGUGGCGUUCGAGGGGAUGCCAGAGUUGGACGAGCACCACUCGAGUAGUAUACAUUUGUAUGUUCACAGUCUACUUUUUGUGUCACCACGGUAA